AUUUGUGAUAAAAAAUCUCCCUUUCGCCCGGCGGACAAAUUAAUUGGAAAAAUAACUACAAGUAUUGCGUCACUGCCAAAAAGUUUGGGGAAAACAUAGCUGCAAUACGUCAUAACCAACGUCAAAUCCAAAAUCCAAGGGCAUCUAAUCCAGUCUAACCUCAAAAAAACCUAGCAAACUUGGGUGCUUUAUCGAGCCCCACAUUGCACCAAUGCAGCCUUAAAUCGCCUAACCCACGUUAUGUUUGAACAUAUUAUAAGGCGCUCAUUCAGCCAGUUGAUCAAGCCAAUCUUUAAAAUGAGGCCCGUCAGCAACAAACAGUGUUCGACCGCGUUCUCAACGGCCAAACUAUUCGACUUGGAAGCUGAGCGCUUGGUUUGGAUAGACAUGGAGAUGACUGGCUUGAACGUCGAUCAGGAUAAAAUCAUGGAAGUAGCUUGCAUAGUGACCGAUACCGAUCUGAACAUUGUCGCUGAGGGCCUAGAAAUCGUCAUCAACCAGCCGAAGGAGACUCUGGAUAACAUGCAUGAGUGGUGCGUGAAACAGCAUGGAAAGACUGGACUAACAGAGGCCUGUCUCAAAUCGCAAACUUCCCUCGAGCAAGCUGAGGACUCCAUCAUGGAUUUUUUAAGGGCACACGUGACACCCCACUGCAGCCCUUUGGCAGGGAACAGCGUUUACAUGGAUAGGUUCUUCCUUAUCAAGUACAUGCCCAAAGUACACGACUAUCUCCAUUAUAGAAUAGUGGAUGUUUCCACUAUUAAAGAGCUGUGCCGACGGUGGAACACUCCAGUCUAUAAAAGCGUGCCGAAAAAAGAGUUCCAGCACCGAGCCCAGUGCGAUAUCAAGGAGAGCAUCAAUGAACUGAGGUACUAUAAAAAUGCCUUUUUCAAAACCAGCUGACCUUAGGAGGAAUUUUAAAAAAAACACCUAGCUAUAUGCAAAAGAAUUUAAUAAAAUAGUAGGUACUUGAA